CCUCCCCCCACUGUAUGCGAUGUUGGCGAUAACUUGGCCUUUUAUCAGCAAUGUAGGAUAGCCCGGAUUCUAAGAGGCUCUUCUACGUAUGGCCGGGAUGGUAACUCGGCCCGUCUUACUUACGGUAGCUGGUACAGCAUGCGACAUUGGAACUAAUGAGGGCCAGCUGAAAGCUUCAAUCCCAAGUAGGAAGGUCUGAAAUCAUCGUAAUAUACACUACCCUUCAACUGUGCCCCUUAUCCAGAUACUGAUCCGGAAAAUUGAGGACGAUUCAUUCCCUGGUGGGGUCAAACUGCGAUGCAUUAAAAGGCAUGAUUUUCGACCUUCGAAUGAGACCGACCUUCUCGAUUAUCGUGUGACUAUUACCUACCAUUCUCAUCUAACGCGAUGGCCUUUCCUGUGCUUCUGGCUGCACUCGCAGCAACAACUGCAAUUGCGCAAGUCUUCCCGGCUCCAGGAGGUCCCUACAGAGUCCAAUGGGAGAAUAAAGAGCUUGUCGAUGCGGAUCGCGUCGAUCCCUUCAAUUCGUCCCAUUCUCGUCGGAUGUUGAUCUCGCAUUUCACACCGGUAGCAGAACAACAUUGCACACAGACCUGUCGCGUGCCGUACAUGCCUGAGCAGAUCGCUGAAAUAGAAGACGACAUCUUGGCUUUCGCGUAUGCGGAUUAUGACUGGCCGCAGGGACUGCUAGGCGGACUCGAGCUGGACAUAUGCUGCGGUGUAUCGAAACGGACCAAAACUCCUAAAUUUCCUACUUUGCUGUUCGGCACUGGGCUCAACACUACCAGGUUUUGGUAUACCAGUUUCGCUAUGGAAAUCUCAAGCCUCGGCUACCAAGUUAUUGUGAUGGAUCAUCCGUAUGAGACAGAUGUGGUGUUGUUCCCCGAUGGAGACAUCAUCUUUGGCGGAAACGUAGUGGGCGACCCUGAUAACCUCUCUGCGAUCGAGUUCGGUCUUGAUGUACGCACCAGCGACGUAUCUUUCGUCCUCGAUACGUUGAAAGUGUGCAAGACGGUUUACUUUGGUCAUUCAUAUGGUGGCGCAUCGGCGCUUGCUGCCACAGCCGUGGAGCCUCGUAUUAAAGCCGGCCUGAACCUAGACGGUGAUCUCUGGGGACCGGUCGUCAAUGCUGGUGUGUCGAAGCCGUUCAUCAACUUAUCGGGUAGUCUGAGCUCGACUCUUGACGAGAGUUGGGCAAAUUUUACUAAGGCUCACAACGAGAAGUAUCCGGAUGUAUGGUUCAAGGAAUUGCACGUAGCCGACUCCUACCACGGUAGCUUUUGGGAUCUUUCUAUCAUCGGAGAUUUUACGGGUUUGAGGGAAAACCCCGAGCUCGUUGAGGAUGUGCUCGGGGUAUUGAGGGGUGAACGGGCAGUAGCGAUCUUGCGAGCGUACCUAGACGACUACGUCAAAUUUACCUUGCUGGGAGGAGAGGAAGGUCUUCUCGCCGGCGAAAGCGAAGAGUUUCCAGAUGUUCAAUUUAUACGAUAGAAAGGUGUUUUUAAACUAUUCACCCAAUGAGAUAGAUUCUGCGAUAUGAAAAAUCUGGAAGCAUCUGCCCUGGGCUUUAGGGUUGUGGACGUUUCUUGUUCUUUAUUGAUUUAUAUGUGAACCAUGUCCCUAUAGCAGUGGCUAUAAACCCAAGGACACCAACAACAAUACCAACAACAUCACCGGUAUCAAGUCCACCGCCACCUCCUUUAUUGUUAUUCUCGUC